GCGGCCGGGUGUGUGAGCGCGGGCGCGAGCGGAGCGCACAGCCGAGGCGGCGGGCAGCCUGGGUUAUCUGAGCCGCUCGGUCUCGGGUGGCUGCGCCCAGAUCUCGGGACGGCGGCGGCAAAGGCUAGACGCGCUGUCGGGCCGCGGAGGACUGGAGAAGGGAGACCCAGUCCCAGGCAGCAGCGGCGGCGGGGAGCAGAGCAUGGAACAGCACGCAGGUCCGGCAGUCCUGAAGUUGAGUCUGCGAGGCGACACGGCGGCGGCGGCCGCGCUGCUCCCGCUCCUCCGCCUCCCCAUGGAUAUGCACUGCAAAGCAGACCCCUUCUCCGCGAUGCACCCAGGGCACGGGGGUGUGAACCAGCUCGGGGGGGUGUUUGUGAACGGCCGACCCCUGCCCGACGUGGUGAGGCAGCGCAUCGUGGAGCUAGCCCACCAGGGUGUGCGGCCCUGCGACAUAUCCCGGCAGCUGCGGGUCAGCCACGGCUGUGUCAGCAAAAUCCUGGGCAGGUACUACGAGACUGGCAGCAUCAAGCCCGGAGUGAUAGGUGGCUCCAAGCCCAAAGUGGCAACACCCAAAGUGGUGGACAAGAUUGCUGAAUACAAGCGACAGAACCCAACCAUGUUCGCCUGGGAAAUCCGUGACCGGCUCCUGGCGGAGGGCAUCUGCGACAAUGACACAGUGCCCAGUGUCUCUUCCAUCAACAGGAUCAUCCGGACCAAAGUUCAGCAGCCUUUUCACCCAACGCCAGAUGGGGCUGGGACCGGAGUGACUGCACCUGGCCACACCAUUGUUCCCAGCACGGCCUCCCCUCCUGUUUCCAGCGCCUCCAAUGAUCCAGUGGGAUCCUACUCCAUCAACGGGAUCCUGGGGAUCCCUCGCUCCAAUGGCGAGAAGAGGAAACGUGAUGAAGUCGAGGUAUACACUGAUCCUGCCUACAUUAGAGGAGGUGGAGGUUUGCAUCUGGUCUGGACUUUAAGAGAUGUGUCCGAGGGCUCAGUCCCCAAUGGAGACUCCCAGAGUGGCGUGGACAGUUUGCGGAAGCACUUGCGAGCUGACACCUUCACCCAGCAGCAGCUGGAAGCUUUGGAUCGGGUCUUUGAGCGUCCUUCCUACCCUGACGUCUUCCAGGCAUCAGAGCACAUCAAGUCAGAACAGGGGAACGAGUACUCCCUCCCAGCCCUGACCCCUGGGCUUGAUGAAGUCAAGUCGAGUCUAUCUGCAUCCACCAACCCUGAGCUGGCCAGCAACGUGUCAGGCACGCAGACAUACCCCGUUGUGACCGGUCGUGACAUGGCGAGCACCACUCUGCCUGGUUACCCCCCUCACGUGCCCCCCACUGGCCAGGGAAGCUACCCCACCUCCACCCUGGCAGGAAUGGUGCCUGGGAGCGAGUUCUCCGGCAACCCGUACAGCCACCCCCAGUACACGGCCUACAACGAGGCUUGGAGAUUCAGCAACCCCGCCUUACUAAGUUCCCCUUAUUAUUAUAGUGCCGCCCCCCGGGGCUCCGCCCCUGCCGCUGCUGCCGCUGCCUAUGACCGCCACUAGUUACCGCGGGGACCACAUCAAGCUUCAGGCCGACAGCUUCGGCCUCCACAUCGUCCCCGUCUGACAGCCCACCCCGGAGGGAGGGAGGACCGACUCCACUCGAAGCUUCCUGGCCACCGCCCCAGCCCCACCCCACCCCAGGACACCUGCAGCCCUUCACGUCAACCCCGUGGAAGGCUGGACAGGACUAGUGGAGCCACGGGCCGGACCCUCAGGCCCCAGCCCACUACCCCGAGUCCCGCCCGCUGCCCCUCCCUGCCUGCCUGGACUUCGAGGUGCGGUGCGUCGAGGACGACCCGACCCGGCUUGCCCUGGCCUCACGGAGCCCAACAGAGCGGACCAGCCACAUCUCCGGACUCGGGCCGGGCGGCCGCUGUGCGCGGGGACACGUUUCUGUGACACACAAUCAGCACCGACUGCAGCUCGGCCCAGCCCUGGAGCCGCCGACUCGGAUGCUCCGGCGCAGGAGGCCUCGCUGGAGGGACUGGGCAAAAGAAAUUAAGGACAAAAUGAUUUUCUGCAAAAGAAGGAAGGGCCUUCUGCUGAACCCUUGAAACCUCGGGGAAAAGUCCUUACCCCCGCGCCAGCCGGACUGCCCCCACCUUCCGAGCGGAGUGUGCCCUGCCCCAGAAGGUGGAAUGGAAUGGGGGCAUGGGGGGUGGGCUCUAGGGACAAAGGUUGGGGUCGUUAAGUCUUUCCAAACUUGGAACCCAAGACACACAGGCCCCAGCAGCCUGCACCCGCAGAGCCAGACUCUUGGCUCUUCCCUACUCUGCCAGAACUGCCCGGUUCCCCAGGGCCCAGGCGCCUCCUACUAGUGACGAGACUCUCAGCCCCACCUCGCCCCUACCUCAGCGUCUCUGCCAUCUGUGACCUCCCAGUCUUCCCUCCUGCCAGUCCUCUUCCCAUCCCACGUCUCUCUGCAUCGCUCCUCCCUAUAUCUCGCCACCCCGUGGGAGGCUCUCCGGUGCCUGCCUGCCGUGGGGCCAGCUUCCAUAGGCCGUGUGCACCGGUCUUCCCCAGCGGUUACUUGACGUCCCUCACCCGACACAGACUCUCGAUCUGCCGGUGGCGGGAGCAGGUUCUGAGCUGGCAUCUGAGCUGCGGGCGGGGUGAAAGUGGGGGGCCGUCCACUCCACCCCCAGCCUCUUCCUCCGGCAGGAACUGAACAGAACCGCAAAAGGUCUACGUUUAUUUAAUAUGAUGGUCUUUGCAAAAAGGAAAAAACGACAAAAACCCAACACGCUGCUGCUUUGUAGAAAGAUGGUGUGUGUCGUGCGAAGGCGAACCCCUCUGUAUAUAACCCCGCCCCG